AUGGAAGUGGGCUCCUGUCGGUCGCAAGUUGAGGUUAUCCCAUGCAGACCAGCAAACACCUUUAAUCUGAGUGCUUUGGAAAACCAGCUCCUGCCGCUCCUUACCACGUUGUCCGAGAAAGGCCCUGCAGUCGUAUCCGUGGAUGCGGAGGCAUGGACUAUAUACGAUGGUGGCAUUUUCAACGGCUGCCAGAAGGACGCCACCAUCAACCACGCAGUCCUGCUGGUCGGCUAUGGGCAGGAUAAGCAACCCGGGCAGAAGUAUUGGCUGAUUCGAAACUCAUGGGGAGCCGACUGGGGGGAGGAGGGCUACAUGCGUCUGCUGCGCCAUGAUGGGGAUGAGUCGAAUGGGGGACACAACGGGUUUUGCGGCACCGACUACGACCCGAAGGUCGGGGUUGGAUGCCGUGGAGGACCGUCCUCUCUCCCAGUUUGUGGGAUGUGCGGUAUCCUCUCAGAUUCGAGCUACCCCAAGCUAUAG